AUGGCUCCAGCAAACACGUUCUGCAGCGCCAUCGAGAACGCAGUCGAGUUCUGCUCCGCCUGCGCUGACGUGGCACUCGGCGCCUCUGCUGACGUGGCACUUGGUGUCUCCGAUGACGUGAGCGAAGUUAAUCUGUUCGCCUCUACUGCAGCGCACUCUGCUGCUGGCGCUGAGGCGCCAUCCUCCAGAGCGGCCUGUACAGGUGCUGAGGUGUUGGGAUGGGUUUUCGAUUCGGACUGGAGCGCGGCGGGUGUGUGCUGGUCUGUGAGUGGUGCUUGUGAGAGGUUAUUGUCCGCAGGGGCGGAGGCGGAGGGAUGCGAGGAGGAGGCAUGUGUGGGAGGAGAGGUGGAGGAGGAGGAGGAGGAGGAGGAGGGUGAUGCAGCACUCACAGUAGCAAUGGCGGCAGUGGUGGUGACAGUAGCAGUAGUGGUAGUGGAGGUAGUGAGGGGAGAGGGAGAGGAGGAGGAGGAGGAGGAGGAGGAGGAGGAGGAGGAGGAGGAGGAGGAGGAGGAGGAGGAGGAGGAGGAGGAGGAGGAGGAGGAGGAGGAGGAGGAGGAGGAGUAG